ACGCCGAAUAAAGCUAAAAUUUGAAAACAUUCAAAAAUAAUAAUUUUAAAUAUUUUAUUUAUUUAUUUAUUGUAAUUGUUUCCAGUUUUUAUCUGUCAAUUUAUUCAUCCGAUUGGAAACAUGUCACUAAUGUCAGAAGAAUCGGAAUCUAAAUCAUCCCAUGAACAAAAGCAGGUGUACCGCGACUUGAAAAGAAAACUCAAGCUUUUGAUUUAUGAAAAUGAAUAUUAUCAAGAAGAACUAAGGAAAUAUCAAAAAGAACUUCUCAUCAUUAAUCGGGAUAAAAAUUUUUUGAUGGACAAAUUACUGCAGUAUGAAAACAUCAGUACUUCUUCCUCUGACUCUGACGAUACAGAUUCUUCCGAAUCUGGAAUAGAACUGAGAUUGGAACGCUCAUCAUCAUCUGCAAAUCGAAGGCGUAGAUUAACUAGUUCCAAUAGUGAGACAGCUGCCACGAAGCCAAAAGUUAAAAGAAAACGAAUUAAUAGCAAUGGGGCUGCUCCUACAUCCCCUCAUUCAUCUUUGAAUACAUAUGCUGCUCCAAAUCGAAACAAAAAUCUAAAUGCAGGUAAAAAAGGAUUCAAGUCUUUAUCAAAUUUGUCGGCAUCAACAUUUACUAUAUCAUCAUCUCCAUCAUCCUCGAUCACUUCUGCGACCAAAAUAAUGCCAAAGUCUCUACCAAUCCCUUCAUUAACAUCUGGGACACCGACUCCAGCAUUCUCAUCAACUUUCUCUUCAAUUGCUCCAGUGUUGUCUAAUGGAUUCAACUCAAAUUCAUCGAAAAAUAAUGCUGCUCUUCCAAUUCCCUAUCUAACAUCAGCGCCAACAUCAUCUUUGAAUUCAUCUUCAUCUUCCUCUCUGUCAUCAUCAUCUAUUGCUUCUUCAUUGAUAUCGACACCUUCAUCUUACCCAUCUAACGCAUCUUCAACUUCUGAUUUAACAUUUUCUUCUACAUCGAUUUCAAAAUCGAUAACUCCACCACCUCAACCACACUUGUCUCUAUCUUUAGCAUCUUCCAUGGUACCUCAAUCAACAUUAUCGACUAUUGCUUCAGGAGCAUCAACAAUAUCGUCAUAUUCAUCAACGUUCACUGCCAAUUCAUUAACGGAUCCAAUAUUCAAUUGUUCAUCUUUAAGUCAGCAAAUCAAGAGUGAAUUUCCUAUUCGAACAAUAAAAUCUGAACCUUUAUCUAUUUUAUCAUUAGGAAGAGUUAACGGGGGACAUCUUACUUCUGAAGAGAUUGAGAGGCAUUUCGAGUCGAGGCCAUCUCUUUUACUGCCCGAAAAAACACCACUGACUGUUCCAGUUGAAUUAUUUAGCAAUGAAUCUUCGCUGGAUUUACCAGAUUCUAAUAUAAAAUCAGAAUAAUUAAAUUUCCAUCUAAUUUAUUUUAA